UAAACAGAGAAGUAGCUCAGCCGCUGUUGACGUUGUGUUCAUCUGAAUUGGGCGUGUUUAUAUCCGCGGAACACAGCGGCGCGUGCCAUCUUUAAUAAAUUAACGUGUGUUUUGUUGACGCCACAUUCCUCAGGAGAAAGCUUAAUGGUCUUGACAACAUGGACAGUGGCCUGAGUCCCCAGGAUAAAAAGGACUUGGACAAGUUCAUUAAGUUCUUUGCCUUGAAGACUGUCCAGGUGAUUGUCCAAGCUCGUCUUGGAGAGAAGAUCGGCACUCGCUCGUCCUCAUCGCCGACUGGCUCUGAUUGGUUUAAUUUGGCCAUCAAAGACAUCCCAGAAGUGACUCAUGAAGCCAAGAAGGCACUGGCUGGCCAACUCCCAGGCAUCGGGCGCUCCAUGUGUGUCGAGAUCUCCCUCAAGACGUCGGAGGGAGACUCAAUGGAGUUGGAGACUUGGUGCCUGGAAAUGAAUGAAAAGUGCGAUAAAGACAUCAAGGUGUCGUAUACAGUCUACAACCGUCUGUCCGUCCUUCUGAAGUCUCUGCUGGCCAUCACCAGAGUAACACCCGCCUAUAAACUAUCCAGAAAGCAGGGCCACGACUACGUCAUAUUAUACAGGAUUUACUUCGGGGAAGUCCAGCUCAACGGAUUGGGAGAAGGUUUUCAGAUGGUCCGCGUCGGCGGCGUCGGCACCCCGGUCGGCACGGUGACGCUCACAUGCGCUUACCGCACCAACCUGGCGUUCAUGUCCAACAGACAGUUUGAGCGGUCGGCUCCGAUCAUGGGGAUCAUCGUGGAUCACUUUGUGGACGGCGGCCCGCGGCCGGCCAACGUGGGCCAUCCCUGCAACUACAGAGCUCCGGGUGAAGAUUACGCAGGACAAUAUGCAGGGGUUCAUGAUUCGCAGGAGGUCUGCACCACCUCCUUCUCCACCUCCCCUCCCUCACAGUGUGUGUGUACAGUGAGUCCUUCGCCCUCUAAACUGUCUAAGCCCCUCCCUCUGGACAGUCUGCCACUUCCACUGGCUCCUGGACUUGUCACUCACACUCUGCAUGCUUCCAGGUUAUCAUAUCAUCCUCCAGCUUUCACAGGAGCUGCUGAGUUCUGUCACCCUGCUGCAAAGCAGGUGUUGCAUGCUGGGAAGGAUCAUGGAGGGGUGGCGUCGGUUCCCGCCCAGGCCGACGCUCAUCUGACGGCGGAGACCGCCGGCAGCAGCGGUGAGGAUGACGGCCCGACGCACAGCGGAGAGAGGAGGCGGCGGCGGGAUGGAGGUGGGAGGAGCGCGUCGCCCUGUGACCCGGUGGCGGCUCUCAACGCGUUCACCAGGAAGAUCGGAGCCUUUGUCAAUAAACCCAACACGCCGGUAACAGCGGCCGGUCUGGACCUGCCGUUUGCCGCCUUCGCUCCUCGAGGCCUGGACUUCGAGGAGAAUGAUCCCAUGGUGCAGCCUCCGGACUCCCCUCCCUGCCACUCCCCCCUGCAGGGCAGCCUCCAUUCUCAGGGCUCUGAGGGAUCGGCGCAGCAGGAUGACUUUGUCAUGGUUGACUUUCGUCCGGCCUUCUCUAAUGACGACUUGGUGCCGAUGGACCUGGGCACUUUCUACAGGGAGUUCCAGAACCCCCCUCAGCUGGCCAGCCUCUCGCUCCACGUCAGCGCUCAGUCGAUGGCCGACGACCUGGACUCGCUGCCAGAGAAACUGGCGGUUUACGAGAAAAACAUCGACGAGUUUGACGCCUUCGUGGACAUGCUCCAGUAGAAGAGGAGCGGAGGACGGCGCGCGAGAACGGACUAAAUGCACAGCGGCAACGGGAGAAGCAGACCGGAGGCUCCGUCGUCGUUUUGUCCCGUGAGAAUCGCUCGGACUAAAUCAUUUCAAUGUGAAGCGCCUCGUCUCUGACAUCUUCCCUCUCCCACGCUCCCCCUCGCUUUGUACAGAACCAUGUAAAUAUUAUAUUAUCUCCUCGGACACCCCCCCUCUGGUCUGGUAAAAAGACAUCUUUAUUUUCUACGUGGCACAGAUCUGCUCACACCGACCGCGUUUAAUCAGGAUUAAAACCGAUCGACAGCUGUGCAACUCGAGGACAGACGACCGGCACUCAUCAGUUUCUGUUCAACUAGAUCACUUAUUGAGCCGCCCUCCUCGAAACACUAUUAGCAUCGGAAGGACCCCCCCCACGUCACGCCCUUUCUGAUCACACGGUGGGAAUCAAACCAGUUCUUCUUGCGUGGAAGACUUAGUCCUCAUAACUGAAAUCUUGAACAGUUGGUCUUGGCAGGUACAUUGCACGUGUUGCAAUUAAGAGACCACCUGCUUUGCAAUGAUCACAACUGACAGUCGAUUUGGAAGGCCGUGGUUCAGUUGCCCUAGCUGGUCUGGGAUCAGCAAACGGCCCCAAUGGUAUUUAAAGUUAGUUAAAGGUUAACUAAUCACGUUGGUUCCAGCUAUAUGUAUAUUAUGUAGGGUUUUUGUAAAGACUGUUCUCUCUACACAAGAGGCCGGCGUCACCAUCCAUGACUUGGUGUUUUGUUCAAAGCUUUAAUUUUUCUUUGCUGUUGUCCUCAUAAAGCAUGGCUGCUCUGUUGAAACGACUGUUUGUCAAAUGAUGUGCAUGCACAUUGCCACAAACUGCAGAGAAGAGAUUAUCAAAAUAGUCUACAUAAAAACCCAAUGUCUUCUGAUCAAACUCUAGGCAAGAAAAUGUGUAAUUUACAACUUUAAUAAAAUCAAAUGAAAGAA